UUUGUUGUUUUUUGGCAAGGAUUUCUAAUAACUAUAUAAAUAGAUGUCAUGGUUUAAUACAGAUAUGAAGUCUGAAGAUAUCAAAAAGUAAACGAAUAGAACAUAAUCUGACCUAAAAACUAUGGCUGUCGAAAUAGCUUUGACUGAGAACAAAGCAAACCGACUUAAGUCGAGAUACACAUCCAAGGUUUUUCCAGCCAAAUCUUCUAUAGGAGAAGAUAUAUCUGUUCUACAAGAUGAUAUGCAAGAUCCUCAGACGCAAGAGGAUAGUAUGGGUUUUGCGCUGAUGUUUGCCACGAAAAACAAAAAGAAACAAGCAGCUUUAAAACUCAUUGACAACGGUUCUGAUAUACAUUUUCUUGAUCAAACAAAAUGUAAUGUGUUACAUUAUGCAGCCGUUGCUGGAUAUGAAGGUUUGAUUUUGAAACUUCUUUCCAAAGGCGCUAGUGUAAAAAUACGGGACUGUAAUGGUGAAACAGCACUUCAUAAAGCUGCACGUUCUGGUCAUGACACAACCGUUGUCGCUUUGGUAGCAAAUGACGCUGAUGUUUAUGCAUUAAACUGGCAAGGUCAGACCCCCUUGGAGCUAGCUGUCAUGGGUAAACAUGUUAAGGUUAUCGAAGCUUUAUGUCUUUUCGGAUCAGAUCUUGUCAUGCAAGACUGGCAAUGGUUAGAAGAAGCAAUACAGUCAAGUGAUAAAGAAGAUAAAGCUAUUGUUGAUAUAUUCUUAAAGCACAAUUAUCGUUUACUUGGUUUUAAGCAUGGUGGCAUAGCAUUCGAUGUUAACUACAUUGAAUCUGGAAGUGAUUCUGAAAUGAAGAAAUUGGGAGCGACUCUGCUGUCAAAAAAGUCAACACAUCAACCUUACUACUUCUACUGCUCUAGAAUUCAUGUAGAAUACAUAGAUGUCCGGAAGUAUAUCAAUAAAGAUGAAAAGCUGUUCAGUGAUGCAUACGAGUGUAAAGCAUGGGGAUGUUCUAGUACUACAUUCAUUUUGAAAUUAAAACUAAAUGGAAUUCCAAACUGCAACGAGACCUUGUAUGUUAUUUCUCCAAAUGGAAAUGUGGCAAAUAUCGACAGCUCCACUCGGAAUGAAGAGACAAACCACACAGAUGUAGUUGUAACUGUCAACAUCAAACAUGGUGCAGUUGUUUCAUUCAUGUUUGUUACUGUUAAAAAACCAGAGGUAUUCAGCAUAACAAAGCGGGCAGUGACCAUUCAACCACAAUUGGAGCCAGACGCUGAAAUAGAUAUACCUAAGGACACGUUUGAUUCACCCGGAGAUCUCCUUUUUAAUGUUGUAGAGACUAAAGAUGUUGAAGAAGCAAUAUCGAAGAGAGAAGCAUUUAUAGUUACAAAUGUAAUUAAUGUUUCCAUGAGUAAUCACCAACAACCUAAACAACCAAUCGACGUAAAGUUACCAAUGCAUUCGACAACAAACGAAGAUAAUGAAAUAGUUAUUUUAACGUCGUCUAAAGAAUAUCCAGAGAAAAUAAAAGAUUGGAAAAUCAUUGAAGCCAAAAUGGAAAGUCACCGCGCUUCCUUCAAAAUCUCGCAUUUCUCCAUAUUUACAGGUGUUUCAAAGAAAAAGGUUGAGACGGAUAUGAUCGGCGUGUGUAAGAGUAUACAAAAAGCUUUGAACAACGAACGACAAGUCGAGUUCUUUGCAUUUGCAAAAACGCUUUCAUGUGAUGAGUACGCAAUAGUUAUAGAAUGUGCUUUACAGAGAAAGGCAGCAAAGAGAAAGACGGAUUGGGAGAAACAGCAGUUUAGCAUUCAAAAAGUCGAGAGAAUGUGUCAUACAGUCCAGAUCAAUCAAUGGUUUAGGGUUAAGUUUGAUGGGAAUAUAAAAAUAGCAGGAACAGAGCAAUCAGAUACACAGAGGCUUAUGUUUCAUCCGAACCGAGAUAACUUCCAUAUUUUCAGCGCUGAGUUAUUAGACAAACGUAAUCCUCCAAUUGGUCAAAUCGAAAUUGAACUUAUAGUAGAGACAGAACAGGAACCAAUCAUAGUUUUAGAAAGUGAAAAUUGUUUCAAAAGUAAAGAAACUGUAAUACCAAGAGAUCCAAUCACGACUUACACGAAGCUGACAUCCUUACCCAUGCACCUUCUUCCAGUACCGACAGCUCCCGUUGACAACAUUGAAGUGAAGGUAUUUCAACCAUUGACCGAUAAUGACUGUAUGAUUAAAGUUCUUAAGAUGAACUCAUUAAAAGAACUGGCGAAAAAACUGAACAUGGAUGAGGCACAGGAAGUAGCAAUACACCUAAAAUUGACCACAGCAGAAGUAGCAGCACUUGCUAGAGACCUACCUAAGAUUGAUGACUUCUGUGAUGCAUUAUUCUGGAAAUGGAGGGGAAGGCGUCCACAUGGUAGUCAAGUUAACUCCUUGGCUGUCGCAUUAGAAAGAAGUGGAAAAGCGUUGGAGGCUGCAGAGGUCAAAGCGGCUCACAAAGAGGAUAGGAUAAUAUGUUUCGACUGAUAUCCCGUUGAGGGAAGAACAAAAAUUUGCGUACACAAAUUUACAGAUCUAACAUCAUUGGGCUAAAUUUGAGACGAAUGAUAUAUAUCGGAAUAUAGUUUUAUUGGUAAAUUACCCUUCUAAAAAAAAACAUUGCAAAAAUACCGAACCCUAAGGAAAAUUCAAAAUGGAAAGUCCCAUAUUAAAUAUCAAAAUCAAAAGCUCAAACACAUCAAACGAAUGGAAAACAGCUGUAAUACUCCUGACUUGAUACGCACAGCUAGUUAACAUCCAAUCCGAAUGCAGACCAACAGAACUUUCUAUUUUACUCGGUAGCCAAUCAUCUUACAGUAGAAUUUCUUUCAAAUUAACAUAAAAUGUAACCGAUCUUCCCGUAGAGUGCAAGGUGUAUAACUGAAUGCAUAAAAUAAGGGAUUUCAACUCGGUGAAGAAUCGAGUUCUUUGUUGGUUUUACCGAGGGAUAUUUGAGUUCUCGCUAAGAAAAUAAUCUAUACAAGGAGAACACAAGUAUGCAUAUUUUACGCUUUUUGAGACGUUCAUUGAAUUGUCAUUAAGUAGAUUACCUAAACUGUCGUUUUGGUGAUUUAGAAACAGAUUCACACUUCCUGUUAACUUGUCCAAUAUACGCCGAUUUAAGACAUGCACUAUUAACUUUCGUUUUAGUCCUUCCUUUCCAAGUUGACAACAAUAUUUUGCUUUUUUGGCUCAACGGUACUCUCAGACGAGCAAAACAUACAUUUAUUUAGUUUGGUACAGAAAUGCAUCAUCAAAAUCAAACUCUUUACCCCUUGAUUUUACUGUUUCAUCAUCCCCCAAGCAUUUCACACUAUGUAUUUGACAUACUUUCAUGUUUAUUCUUUUUUCUAUUGCAUUUUGUGACCUUUUUCAUAUUUAUAUAUUUAUUACAAUGUCCAAUAUUUAUAUUUAUGUUUUGAUCAAUAAGUGCAUUAUUUGUGUACUAGGAGUAAUAUUUAUACAGCAACUUUGCUUGUUUCUGAAUUCUAUAUAUUUAAUUCAAUUUUAUUAUAUUGCUAUGUGAUGUUUUAUUUGAAAUAACAUUGUUUAAACUAAGUGAUUUGUGAUCUAAUCAACACUUAUUGAAUAUAGUUUAUAACAAGGUCAAGAAGGUUGACAUCCCUACCAUACAAUAAGCAUGAAAAUAAUAAAACGUACAAAACACUUAUAUCAGGAUGCACCAAGUCUGAAAAAACAUAACUUAGAAACUGGAAAAAAGUAAAUAUACUGUAGGUGCCAGGACGAUGGAUUUUAAACGAUCUUAACCUUAACCAACAAUCAAUCAAUCUAAAUCGUCUUUUAUGUUUAUAUAUAUUUAAAGUUUUUUACGCUAAAUACAAAAAGAAAUAAAAAACUCAAAUAAUUAUACAAGUUAAUUUCAUGCUAUUUAUCAAUACUUAUUGGAAAACCUUCUCAUAUACUAUUUUCUCGCAUUACUCUUAACUGUAUAUAUAAAUAACACUAAAUACUGCUUGUACUUUUUAUGUAAAAAAUAUUCCAAUAUUUGUAAUUAACAUAUCAUCUAGUUCUUGCAAAUAACACCUACAAGUUAUAACAUCAUUUAAUAAAUGUUGUUAAUGAAAUAUAUCUAAACACAGAAAGGUUAAACAUAUUGCUUUAUGGAAAUAGUCAUUUGGGCAUCUAUACAAGCUUGAAUAAAUGACAAAACUUUUUGCGUAUGUAAUAUGCAAAUCACGACAUAUAAAAUAUACACGUUUAUUGGUAUUCUAUUAAGGAGAUAAAUUUUGACUAUUUCUCGAUAAGUUCUUGUACAUUAAAGAAUUAGUAACGAUCAUAAAUACAUUUUACAAGAAAGGAGAAAGAAAAACAAAUCAGAUUAAACAGUCAUAUAUUUAACGGUAUUAUCUAAUUUUAAAAGGCAAUUGAUGUAUUUACAAAUAAAACGUCUAGAUAUUAGUUAUAUAACUUUCUUACGAGUGCGCUUUGUAUAACGUUAAAGAUUGUUUAUUUAAAUCAGAACAGAUUGAUAUGAUUCAUUUAACAUUAUACUGACGAAGGAUAUCUGUUAUCCAAAAUAUUUAUACAUACUGAUAUUUAUUGUUUCCUUUUUGUGGAGCCUGCGACAUUUAUGUUGCGAAUGCCAGACAUAGCGAUCCUAGAUUCCGUCGUAGUCGUCGGAGUUGCCGGCGUCAACAUUUGGAUUCAGUCUGUGGUUAAAGUUUUUUUUUUACAUCAAUAACUUUGUCAAACCUUCAUGGAAUAUUAUGAAAUUUGGAUAGAAGCUUGUUAAUGACCAAAUAUAGUAUACAAACCAUACAUUUGAAAAAAGUAAAAUCACAAAAAUACUGAACUCCGAUGAAAAUUCAGAAAGGAAAGUCCCCAAUCAAAUGGCAAAAUCAAAAGUUCUAACACAUCAAACGAAUGGAUAACAACUGUCAUAUUCCUAACUUGGUACAGGCAUUUUCUUAUGUAGAAAAUGGUGGAUUGAACCUGGUUUUAAAGCUAGCUAAACCUCUCACUUGUAUGACAGUCGCAUCAAAUUCCAUUAUAUUGACAACGAUGUGUGAACAAAACAAACAAAAACAAUAGGUAAACAUGUCACAAAUAGGUGUAAAUAGUAUAAUUCGGUAUGUCACAUUCAUAAAAAUAUUUAGUUUUAUUUUUCCGUAUUUUACUAAUAAAUGGACUGUUUGUUUAUAGUUUUCAGAUUUAGUCUAAGAUUAAAGUUUUUUUUUUACAUCAAUAACUUUGUCAAAUCUUCAUGGAAUAUUAUGAAAUUCGGAUAGAAGCUUGUUAAUGACCAAAUAUAGUAUACAAACCAUACAUUUGAAAAAAGUCAAAUCACAAAAAUACUGAACUCCGAGGAAAAUUCAGAAAGGAAAGUCCCCAAUCAAAUGGCAAAAUCAAAAGUUCUAACACAUCAAACGAAUGGAUGACAACUGUCAUUUUCCUAACUUGGUACAGGCAUUUUCUUAUGUAGAAAAUGGUGGAUUGAACCUGGUUUUAAAGCUAGCUAAACCUCUCACUUGUAUGACAGUCGCAUCAAAUUCCAUUAUAUUGACAACGAUGUGUGAACAAAACAAACAAAAAACAAUAGGUAAACAUGUCACAAAUAGGUGUAAAUAGUAUAAUUCGGUAUGUCACAUUCAUAAAAAUAUUUAGUUUUAUUUUUCCGUAUUUUACUAAUAAAUGGACUGUUUGUUUAUAGUUUUCAGAUUUAGUCUAAGAUUAAAGUUUUUCAGUCAUCCAUUACUUUGUCAAACCUUCAUGGAAUAUUAUGAAAUUUGGAUAGAAGCUUGUUAAUGACCAAAUAUAGUAUACAAACCAUACAUUUGAAAAAAGUCAAAUCACAAAAAUACUGAACUCCGAGGAAAAUUCAAAAAGGAAAGUCCCCAAUCAAAUCGCAAAAUCAAUAGUUCUAACACAUCAAACGAAUGGAUAACAACUGUCAUAUUCUUAACUUGGUACAGGCAUUUUCUUAUGUAGAAAAUGGUGGAUUGAACCUGGUUUUAAAGCUAGCUAAACCUCUCACUUGUAUGACAGUCGCAUCAAAUUCCAUUAUAUUGACAACGAUGUGUGAACAAAACAAACAAAAACAAUAGGUAAACAUGUCACAAAUAGGUGUAAAUAGUCUAAUUCGGUAGGUCACAUUCAUAAAAAUAUUUAGUUUUAUUUUUCCGUAUUUUACAAAUAAAUGGACUGUUUGUUUAUAGUUUUCAGAUUUAGUCUAAGAUUAAAGUUUUUCAGUCAUC